UUCCCUUUCCUUUUCUUUCUUCCCCCGUAUACCCCCCCCUGUUGUGUGCAUACGCAUCCUCUUGAGGAUUGCCCUUUAAAAGUUCUGCUUCUGUUUCCUUGUUGACCCUCUCCCCUCCCCUUGUCUUUUUUCCGUCUUUUUUCUCGUUUCCUUUCUUCUGCGACGCCAACACUUCCUCGGUGUCAGCCUCUCCCUCUCCCUCAUACCCCUCAUACGAUAUCAUGCCUCAUCCUGAAUCCCCCACACCAGCUAUGACCACCAUCGUCUCCAAGACUCCCUCCGGGAUCCCCCCCACCCAAGAAGAGAUCGCCUCCCUCCUCGCCACCGUCUUCGGCGCCGAUUCCUCCCAGCAGUCGCUCGAUGCCGCCUACGCCCUCACCAACCUGCUGAUCCAGAGCGUCGGCCCCUCCGGCUUCCACCGCUACAACUUCCUCCCCGAGGUCAAGAAGGCCGCCACCGACAAGAAGAAUGGCGCCCGUCGCGAGAGCUCCAUGCUCAUCCUGGGCGCCCUAUUCGAGCGCUUCCCCCGCGAGCACCCCCUGAGCGAGGUCGUCUUUCUCCUGCAGGACGGGGGCCUUCUCAACCUCGCCCUCGACCUGCUGGCUGACAAGGGUGCCGUCGUGCGCGAUGCCGCCCAGUACGCCAUUGACGCCCUCUUCGCCGGCCUCAAGGCCGAGUCCCUCGUCAACGCCCUCCUCCCCGCCCUCUCCGCCUACCUCCACCAGACCUCCGGCAAGUGGCAGGGCUUCGUCGGCGCCUACAAGCUCAUCGAGAAGAUGGCCGUCAAGGCCCAGAUGGGCACCGGCUCCCACGAGGAGGAGAGCGAGAAGGACGUUCUGCGCGAGGCCAUGGGCAAGACCCUGAAGGACCUCAUCCCCCUCGUCGAGUCCGGCAUGCACGACCUCAAGAGCGAGGUCGCCAAGCAGGCCGUCAAGGCCAUGAACGCCGUCACCACCCUCCUGUCCAACGACGACGUCGCCCCCCGCGUGCCCCUCCUCAUCAAGACCAUCGAGCAGCCCUCCGAGCAGACCCUGCAGAAGGCCAUCCACGCCCUGUCCCAGACCACCUUCGUCGCCAUUGUCACGUCCCCCGUCCUCGCCCUGCUGACUCCCCUGCUGGAGCGCUCCCUGAACACCCCCACCACCCCCCAGGAGACCCUCCGUCAGACCGUCGUCGUCGUCGAGAACCUGACCAAGCUGGUCCACGACCCCGCCGAGGCCCGUACCUUCCUGCCUAAGCUCAAGCCCGGUGUCCAGCGCGUCAAGGACCGCGCCUCGCUGCCCGAAGUCCGUGAGCUCGCCACCCGCGCCCUGGACGUCAUCGAGAAGGCCAUGGCCGACAAGGACGUCGCCGCCGGCGUCGUCGUCAAGGUCACCCCCGAGGAGGUCCUGCUGGUCCUCGAGGCCCAGAUCCAGGCGAACGGCGGCCUAACACGUCCCGACGAUGUCACCCUGUUCACCCUCGGCAAGAACUACAUCGCCGAGAUGGUGCGCGAGGAUGUCAACUGCCGCAUGCACGACCGCAUCCCCGGCUGUGUUGCCCCCUACCUGCGCGGAUACCUCCCGGAGGACAAGGAGGACGCCGUCGCUGCCGCCGUCCAGGCGCACUUCGUCGAGGAGGACCACCGCAAGUUCGGCAAGCCCAUCCCGGAUGACCCCAACGAGGUCGAGAUCGUCAACGCCAACUUCUCCCUCGCCUACGGUGGUAUGCUGCUGCUGUCGCACACCAACCUGCGCCUGCUGAAGGGUCACCGCUACGGUCUCUGUGGUCGCAACGGUGCCGGUAAGUCGACGCUCAUGCGCAGUAUCGCCAACGAGAAGCUCGAGGGCUUCCCCACCCAGGACCAGGUCCGCACCUGCUUCGUCGAGCACAACCAGGGCGAGGACGCCGACCUGAGCAUCUUCGAGUACGUCUGCAAGGACCCCACGAUCGCCGCUGAAGGUGAAGAGCACAUCCGCAGCGUCCUGCUCGAGUUCGGCUUCACCGACGGUCCCGAGGGCCGCCAGUCGCAGGGCGUCGGCUCCCUGUCCGGUGGAUGGAAGAUGAAGCUGGCCCUGGCGCGUGCCAUGCUCCGCAAGGCCGAUGUCCUCCUGCUGGACGAACCGACUAACCACUUGGAUGUGGCCAACGUCAAGUGGCUCCAGGAGUACCUGAAGAAGCACACCGAGAUCACCAGUUUGAUCGUCAGUCACGACUCCGGUUUCCUGGACGAGGUCUGCACGGACAUCUACCACUACGAGCAGAAGAAGCUGGUCUGCUACAAGGGUAACCUGGCCGACUUCGUCAAGGUCAAGCCCGAGGCCAAGAGUUACUACACUCUGUCCGCCAGUAUCGUCCAGUUCAAGUUCCCUCCCCCCGGUAUCCUGGCUGGUAUCAAGUCCAACACCCGCUCCAUCCUCCGCAUGACCAACUGCUCCUACACCUACCCCGGCGCCAGCAAGCCGUCCCUGACGGACGCCUCCCUGUCGCUGACGCUGUCGUCCCGUGUGGCCAUCAUCGGUGGCAACGGUGCGGGUAAGUCGACCUUCAUCAAGAUGCUCACGGGCGAGACCAUCCCCCAGAGUGGCAAGGUCGAGAAGCACCCCAACAUGCGUAUCGGCUACAUCAAGCAGCACGCCCUGGAGCACGUCGAGAUGCACCUGGAGAAGACCCCCAGUCAGUACCUGCAGUGGCGUUACGCCAACGGUGACGACCGUGAGGUGCACCUCAAGCAGACCCGUAUCCUCACCGAGGAGGACAAGGCCCAGCUGGAGAAGCCGGUCGACCUGGGCGACGGCCGCGGCCCCCGCCGCAUUGAGGCCAUCAUGGGUCGUCAGAAGUGGAAGAAGUCGUUCCAAUACGAAAUCAAAUGGAUCGGUCUCCUGCCGAAGCACAACACCAUGAUCUCCCGCGAGACCCUGCUCAAGCUGGGCUUCUUCAAGCUGAUCCAGGAGUUCGACGACCACGAGGCGUCCCGCGAGGGUCUCGGCUUCCGUGUGCUCGACCCCAAGAUCAUCGCCAAGCACUUCGAGGACGUUGGUCUGGACCCCGAGAUCGCCACCCACAACGAGAUCUCCGGUCUGUCCGGUGGCCAGAAGGUCAAGGUCGUGUUGGCCGGAGCCAUGUGGAACAACCCCCAUUUGCUGGUCCUGGACGAGCCGACUAACUUCUUGGAUCGUGACUCCCUGGGUGGUCUGGCCGUGGCCAUCCGCGACUUCAAGGGUGGUGUGGUCAUGAUCUCUCACAACGAGGAGUUCGUGGGCGCCCUCUGCCCGGAGCAGCUGCACGUCGCCGACGGCCGCAUCGUCUCGCGCACCAACACCGCUCUCCCCCAGCCCGGCAGCACCGCCGUCAACUCCACCACCACCAGCGCCGCCGCCUCCGCCGUCAACUCCGGCGCCGAGGAGGGUGACCUCAAGUUCAAGGCCAAGAAGAAGAAGAAGAUGACCCGUGCUCAGCAGAAGGAGCGCGAGGCCCGUCGCCGUCUGCGUCACCUUGAAUGGCUCCAAUCUCCCAAGGGCACUCCCAAGCCCGUCGACACCGACGACGAGGCUGAGUAAUGGAUCGAUUGAUUGACUGUAUCUGGUUCUGUUCUCUAUUUUGCUUGGUUUGUUUGCAUCGGCAGCGCGGUGAUUUAGUUAGACACGUUCUGAUUUGAUAGACGGUUGGCUUUGGCUAAACUUGCUUUACGAGUAUAUAGAUGUAGAUUUGCUAUAUUUGAUUUCAAUUCUUUGACUUGAGUAGUCAGCUGGUCGGUGUUCAUCGCUUCAGUACCGUCCUUUUCUUCUUCUUCUUCUUCUUCUUCUUCUUCUUCUUCUUCUUCUUCUUCUUCUUCUUCUUCUU